UCGCUGGUCGUCAGUGCGUACGGUUGUAAAUUUUUGCUCGUUGGCUACUUACCAGAAAGAUAAAUAUUUUAGAUAAAAAAGAAUCCGGUGUGUUUUCUUUCUCUCUUCCCCUAAAAAAUUUUAUCUAUUAAAGUGGAUUACAACAACAGUGUAAAAAAAUAGCAUCAAAAAAUUCAACCAUUUUUAAUUAACGGAGAAAAAAACAACUUGUUUAAAAAAAAGAAUAAGAAAAACAAGUGUCUGUUAAACAAAAUAUUUAUUAAUAAAAAAGUGAUUUUGCAAUAAAAAAUUAAAUAAAAUUUAUGUUGCUUUUUUGAAUUUAAUUAAAUAAGAAAAAAAAACUUAGACGUAAUCAAAAAAAAUUUCUAAAACUCUGCUGCUCUCUCUUUUUAUGCUUUUUGUUAACAGUGAUUUUUGACUAGAUAACGCUCUCUUGCUGUAUUUUAUUUUUUACAUAGGAGAAGUGUGGUUUUGUUGUUUUAUUUUAAAAUUGUGUAGUGAAUAUAGCAACAACAACAGUGACAAGAUUUUUGUGCGGUUUCUUAUUGUUAUUUUUUUCUAUUAUUGAUUGAACACCGUUAACUUAUAAAAAAACACCAUAAAUACAACAUUGUUUCUCAUUUAACAGAGAAAAUAAAAAAUAUUUAAAAAACAACAACAAACACAUACUAAAUUUUAGUGAUUGUGUAGAUAAAAAAGUGUGCUUCUGCUAAGCUUCUCAUAACUAUAGCAACUCUCUUUCCACCACCACCAGCACUCUGUUAAAUUCAAACCUUAUUGUUGUUAUUGUUUGUAACAUCUCGUUUUUACAUACAUACACACAUACGUACGACAAAACAAACAUACGCUCAAUAAAAUCUUAAUAAGAAAAAACAGCAACAAAAAACAUAUUGAAAAACAGAAAAAAUACAAAUUGUAAGGUGUGGGGAAAUCGAUUGAUUACGUACCAAAAAAAAAAAGAAGAAACAAAAACGAAAUUUAAAAAUAAAACAAUUAAACAUAAAACAAAUUAAAUAAUAAAUAAAGUGUUUUCUUUUCUGUUUUAAGUGAAUUUGUUUUAAAAGAAUAAAUGAAAAUUUGAGAAAUAGUAAAAAAUUAAAAAAAUAAAAAUUGUUACAAAGAAUUUAAAAAUCAAACAGAAAAAGUGAAAAAAUUAACUAAACAAAAAUUUAUAAAAAAUGGAAAAAUCAACAGACUCUUCUUCUACAUCCUCUGCCUCAUCUAGCUCUAGUAGUAGGGGCUCUGGAGGCACAACAACAACGACAGCAUUAGCAGCAGGCAGUAAUAAUAAUACAGCAACAGCCUCUAGUGAAGCUAAUCAUCAUCACCAGCAGCAACAACAACUAGAGCAGCAAAUUUUGCAAAAGCCUCAUCAUCAAACUACUUCUUCUUUAACUACUCCAACUAAAAAUCAACUUAAUAAUUCACUAGGGUGUGGUCCAUCAUCAACAUCCACAAUAACUACAACAAAAACAGCAGCAACAACAAUAACAUCUUUGGAUAAUAGAGGUGGCUGCAGCAGCAAUUUAAACUCCAACCAUAAUACAUUGUCGUCGUCCCUUAACAACAAUACCUUGUUUGGUCAUCAAUCUUCAAACAACAACAACACCACCACCACCACUUCAUCUAUUUCUACUAGUAAUGCUGCUACUUUAUCAAACUUAGCAUCAUCCUCAUCAUCAGGUUCAGCAGCAGUUACAGCUUCUUCUUCCACCUCUUCGUCGUCGUCGUCGUCGUCAUCAUCCUCACAAAUGGCGCCAAUUAAUCUUAAUAUUAGCACAACAACUGGUGGCAAUUUUAGUGUGUCUGUAGAUCCUCAGAUUACGGUGGAAAAUCUCAAGAAAAUUAUUGCUAAAAAAUUAAAAGUGGCCAAGGAUCGUAUAUGCUUAUUGCAUCGUGAAAAAGAACUUCAAGAUGGUUUAUUAAAAGAAAAUAAUUUAAUGGAUGGUUCAAAAAUUAUUUUAAUACCAAAUGUUGAAACCGGUUUACUGGCUCAACGUCCUGAAAACACCGUAAUGCAAGCACUCGAAUCCCUAAAUGACUCACAAGUCAAUGAUUUCCUUAGCGGUAAAACACCUUUGAAUCUUAGUAUGCGUUUGGGCGAUCACAUGAUGUUAAUACAACUGCAGCUGAGUACUGUUAAUCCGGUUAAUGGUGUUUCACAUAAUGGAGCCAAUUGCAGUAGUUCCUCGUCACGACAACGUUCGAGUCAUCAUCACCAUCAUCAUCAUCGUAGUAGUCGAACGUCAGCAGCCACAGCAUCAGCAGCUACACAGACAGCUGGUGCAGCAGCCAAUCAUAGUCAUCAUCAUCAUCACCACCAUCAUCAUCAUCAUAACUCUAAUGCCGCAGUGGCGGGAGGAGCAACUACCACCACCGCCAACUUAACACCUACAGCAGUGUCGGUAGCGACAACCGCACAAAAUGUUACCGCAGUGAGAAAAUUAGAAUUGGAUACUACAACCUGUCAGACACCUCGUAACACUAGCAGCAACACCUCAACAGCAGCAGCAGCCCACUUAAGCAGAUCAGCUGGUAUCACAAAUGGAGUAGCUUCCUCCUCUACAACCUUAACUAAAAAUUCGGAUUUAAGUUCAUUUUUAAGUAAACGCGACUAUGAAAGUCUACAGAAUAUUGUUAAAAGUAUUGCAAUGGCUCAACCUUCACGUUUAGUACAACAAUCAAUCAGCUCAACCCAUACAGGAGCAAGCUCUUCAUCUUCCGUACCAGCACCCUCAACAAUCGCUUCUAGUUCCAGUGUUCCGGUAGUAGCUGCACCUACAUUUCAUAAUCCCUCAGAGGCCGUUUUAUUAGAACAAUCUCCUAUUAAAUCUUUGUCGAAUCUAGUAUCCAGUCCUAUUAAAACCACAGCCAUUAAAAACAUUCCCAAUAUAUCGAAUACCGGCAACAGUUCCUCUUCAAACAAUAGCGUAGCCAUUGGACCUCAUACAGCCUCGAUUUCUGCUGUCUCAGCCUCUAGUUCAAAUGCCUCAGCUGCUGCUGCCGCUAACUCAGUCAUGUGUCAAGAUCCUAUAGCUGCUAAAUUGACUUCAUGUUUAUGCACCCGGUUAAAUGGUGGACUAGGAACUGCUAAUAAUACACCACAUGCUUCAGCUAAGCAAUGUAUGGAAACUGCUUGCAAUACCCAGCUGCAAACAAUGCCCCAACAACAACAGCACCACCAACAUCAUCAUCAACAACAGCCACUGCAACCACAUGCAACUCGUACUAGCACUAGCACCAUUAUGACCAGCACUCCCAACUACAAAGCCACCCUAACACCAGGCUCCAUUAUUGCCUCUCUAAAUGGUGCAACGAAUUCUUCUUCAGCCUCAUCGUCGUCCUCGAGAUCUUCGUCUUCUUUACAUAAGACCGCUCAUAAUCCCAUUUCACGUAAACAUCGUCAUCAUCAUCACCACCAUCAUCAUCACCAUCAUUAUCAUCAUCCUGCAGCAGUACAACAGCUAACUAAUGUUAGUAACCAGAAAAUGUUAUCAAACACCUCGACACCCAUUAAAGUUGUGGCCAAUGAUAGUGGUUUUAAUUCGGCAGAUGAUUCCUCAUUGAACGUUUCCUCUACUAAAGCAACUUCGGCAUCACCCACUAGCAACAUUAGUCAAACACCGCUAAGUAAUCCCAACACUACUCCGGUAGUAGUGACACCUUUAGCUACCUCGUCUUCUACACCAGCAGCAGCCAACGCUGCUAAUACACCUACAGCUGCAACGACAGCCACAGCCACCCCAAUUGAACUCGAUGAUUCUGGCAUUGUUUCCGAUUCUCGUACUUUAGCUGAGGCUUCUCGCAAUCUAACACAAACCUUGCGUAAACUAUCCAAAGAAGUAUUCACCAAUAAGAUAGAUUUUUCUGCCAGUGAAGAAACUCCACGUAAGAGUGGUUCGGGCGCUGUCAUUGAAUCGAUGAAGAAUCAUGGCAAAGGCAUAUAUUCGGGCACAUUUUCGGGUACAUUAAAUCCAGCUCUGCAGGACAGAUAUGGUCGUCCGAAACGGGAUAUAUCGACAGUUAUUCAUAUAUUAAAUGAUCUUUUAAGUGCUACACCACAAUAUCAUCGUGGUGCUCGUAUUAGUUUUGAGGCUCCUUCCACUUCGGCCGCAGCUGCUGCAUCGGUAGCUGCAGCUAGUGGUUCUACUGGUACUGUGCAUCAUAGUUCCAGAAGUAAACAUCUUUCCUCUAAACACCAUCAAUCUUCUCAUCCUUGUGUCAAAUGUAUUAAAACUCACAAUUCUUCAUCGUCUACAGUCAAUUUACAAUCUGCCUCAACAUCAAAUGCCGCUGGCAUAAUAAGCCACAACACAGCAUCACCAUCAUCUUCAUCAUCGUCCUCGUCGCCAGUAUGCGCCUAUGGUGAAUGCAAUGGCCAUUAUGUCAGCAGUAAAUCACAAUCGACUAAACCGACCUAUCCCUGCUGUCAACAAGAUAACAGCACAACAAACACCGCAACACCAUCAACAACAGCCAACGCAUUAGCACAACAACAUCCAGGCGGUUCCUCUAACACUGCAAAUGGUCACCACCAUCAUCAUCAUCACAAUCAUGGUUCGUCCUCGCAUCAUCAUCACCAUCACCACAGUCAAAUGGUCGAUGAACGUAAAGUGUGUCAGUGUCGCUAUCGUGUACACUCGGAGACGGGCGAACGUGAACGUGACUAUACCUGUCAAAAGUGUGCCGCUGAAUUGGAUAAUAUUAAAACUAAAUCUAAAUUAGAUCAAUUACGUUUGGUAAUGCAACAGCGCAAACAAAAACGAGAGGCUCGCAAAUUGAAGGGAGCCCCAUAUGGCGCUCGUGUAGUGGGCACUACAACCUCAGCAACAGCUACUGGUGUUGCAGAUAAUUCAGCCUCCUCAUUGACUGCUUCGAAUAGUACCAUAAGCACCCCAAUAAGUGUGGCCACCUCGGCUGCUACACCCAGUGAAGUUUCACCCAAUCAUUUGGUUGAAGAAGUUGAUACAGCUGCUUAAACAAUUUUUUUGAAGGAAGCAAAACAAUCUAAACGAAAUUGAAUAACGAAAAAUUUGAAUUUGAAACUAAUCGUAACAACAAGAUUUUUAUUUUAACUUUUGUUGAAACAAGUCAAUUUAGUUAUUUUUUUUUAAAGGAAAAUUCUUAUUUUUUGUUUUCUGUAACAAUUCAGUUCAAUUUCAUUAUUAAUUGCAAUCAAAUUAUUUUUUAAUUUUAUUUUUAUGUAGCAUUUAUUAGUUUUUAGUAAACCACCACUCUUCUCUCACAUUACCACCAUUUAUUAACACUAAAAAAAUAAAAAAAACAACAAACAACUACUAUUAUUAUUAAAUAUUAUAAAACACUUUGAAAUGCAAAAUAUUUUUUUUUAAGUUUUUAAUUCUGCUUAUUUUUUAUUAUUAACUUUAAAAUAGUUAGUUUCGCUUUAGCAAGGACAAUUUUAUUAUUGUUAUUUGAAUUGUUAAUUGUAUUAAGGUUUCUUUUUUCUCUUUAUAUUAUAAAUACUUACACUAUUUUUGGGGGGAAU